AUGUUGCGUCAACGAGAGUGCCUGUGUAAGGAUGAGCGGUUCUUGGACGUUAACAAAUUGGAGCUGCAGCAGAGACAGAAGGACCUGGAGGCUGUGGAGCAUGACAAAAAACUGCUGAAUGACUUCCUCAGCAUGUGCCACAAUCGAGUGCACUUCAAAGUCAAUGUUGAAAUGCUGGAACACAAAAACCAGGCCAACAUGGAGAUGAUGAACCUGAAUGAACUUAUGACAUUCUUCAAGUUGGAUGAAGACAUGAAAGACAUGGCAGAGGUUCUGCACACUCACACAGACAGCUACAUCUUCAAGCACUGUUGGAGGUUGCAGGCAGGCAAAUACUCUACAACAGACACAGUCACCCUUGAUUUCAUUCAGAAUAACGUCUUCCAGCCUUGCUACAGCAAUUACCGAGAAAUGUAUGACCAGCUGAAGAAUGGCACCAUCAGUCUGGAGCAGGUGGAUGAGCUAUUCAAAGACUACAAGAACAAAUAUCGGUCUCUGUCUGCUGACUUAGACAUCAUGUGCCACAUCGACAAAGCUGAUGACCACCGCUGGAUCACAAGGAAAGUGGAACAGAUCAAACACUACCAUGAGCUUCAUCUGGCCGUGAAAUCUGCAGAGGAGGUGCACAAGGUCAAGGAGACCCUCUGCCUGACAGGGGAUUUCCGUGUUUUGGAUUUCCUUCGUGACAUUUCAAAUAUCGACUUCAAGAAGCAGAGUCUGAACCACAUAGAUGACAAGCUGAUCAAAGCGAAGAAAAUCCUUGUGGACAUCACAGAGACACGAAGCUUGUGUCUUCAGGAACUUCAUCUUCAAAGAAACUUUGUCAUGUGGGUCAAGGAGUCUCUUGAAGAUGUUAACGAGCUGAAAGUAUUUGUUGAUCUGGCAUCCAUAUCCGCUGGUGAGAAUGACCUGGAUGUGGAUCGCGUGGCAUGCUUUCAUGAUGCUGUCCUUGGCUAUGCUCCAAUGCUGUUUGGGCUGAAGCGUAAUGCAAACUUCCAGGAUUUCGAAAAGAUGCUGAAGAAGCUGUGGAAGGCUCUGGAAAAUGAUGCAGACCUUCCCAAGAAACUGUGUGACACAGCUAGGCAGCUGGAGUGGCUAAAGACUGUGAACGACAGCCAUGGGUCAGUGGAACGAUCUUCACUGUCCCUUGCCUCCACCAUCAACAAGAGGGGAAUCUACAUCAUUAGUGCUAAAGGACAACAAAAGUCUGGUCUAGACAAAGUGAUAAGAUUACAACUUCCAGAGGAGCAUGCAGAGGGUCAGGAGCUGCGAAGUUACUCACUGGAGGACCUGCGAGAGCUCCAAAAUAAACUGAUGCUAAUGUCUGGGAAGGGAGACCAGGGCCGCAGCGAGGUGGAUCACUUUGUUGAGGUGUUUGCCAAUGUGCAGAGGUUAGCAGUAGCAUUCAUAGACCUCUUAACUGCUGGCAAUCCAUUAUUCCAUCACUGGGAGGCAAACAUUAAUUGCAAAGUUGAGCCGGUCGUAGUCAUGAACUUCGGCAUAAGUGCCCUUGAAAUUACCAUUGUGGAGGGAAGUCCAGCUGAGCAUCUACCGGAUUUGUGCAAGAAGAUGGAGACCUGUCUCAGCUUCUGGAACAACUUCAUGGACAAACAGAGAUCUCACCAUUAUUACCUCAAUUACUUCACUGCUGAGCAGAUUGUCUACUUGUGCACCAACCUGGCAAAGAAGAACUUCAGUAAACCCAACCCACAGGCCCUCAUGAUGCUGUCCUUCAUUAAGCCACAUUGCAACCACAGAGACCUCCAAGAGGCCUGGCACUCCAUGCAGAGCUCCCUGCAGCCCCCUGAGAAGAGCAAAGAUGUUGAGUUUCAUGAUGUCCACACAAUGGAAACAGAAUUACAGGCUGCAUCAGACUCCAGAGUUGAUGACCUUUGCAGUAAGAUACAACAGGUUCAGGGCGCAGGUAAACUGGAUGUGGUUUGGAAGGCCUACAUGAGAGAUAUGAAUGCUUUUCUCCCGGAUUCUCUUGAAAUGGGGUGUCUGGGUAAGCUGCUCGAAAGCUUGACGAAUCCAGUUGACGAAGUCAACAGUGAAAACAGUUUGAAGACAGAUGGAAUUGUUAAAAGGGAGUUGCCACAUGGAUUGGUGGAUGGGCGUCCAAAUCUUAUUGUGUGUCGCACUGCCGAGAUCCUCAUGUCCUGCAUUUCUGUUUACAUGACCAGCCAUUCAGAACCCCUUCCAACAUUUGACGAGGUGCUGCUUUGCAGUCCCACAACACCAAUUGAGCAAGUGGAGCUGUUCCUCCGGCGCUGCAUGAUGACAAAAUAUAACAACGACACUGGGAAGAUCUUCACCAUGGUAUAUCCUGACCAGCUCUCAUAUGAAGUCAGUGUGAAGGUCGAGCAAUUCUUUCAAAAGCCAACAAUACCAAUCCAGGAUGACUAUUACUUAGUUCUAAUCUGUAGCUCUGAUCGCGAACAUGCCUACAUUCCCUCCGCCUUCAGCCAUUACCGCCUUCACAUUGUGCCACAAGAACCUCUUGAAGAGAUACAGAGGUAUUUGGCUUCUCAUUAUAGGGUUUCUGCAGGUCAAUACAGUGCACCCACUGUAUUCAAAUCUGGGCUUUUUGUGGGGUUGGUGACCUCCAAAAGGGCAGGUGUAGGAAAAUCACUGUACAUACAGAGACUGUAUGAUAAGCUGGAACUCAUCAACAAAGAGCAAUCAACCCUGAAAUGCAUCCGUUUGCUUGAGCCCAGGGUGGAUGAAAACGCCAUUCUUCUUGCAUUGCUGAACAGUAUGGAGAAAAAAGAGCUUGCGAUUUUCCAUUUUGAUGUCACAACCUCAGUGCAGAAAGGUGUGCACGAAUUCCUGUUCAAACUGUUAAUCUUGCGGUACUUGAUGGAUUCUAAUGGAAGAAUAUGGAAAUGCAGUAGCGACCAUCUUUACCUCAUUGAACUUUUGCUACCUGAUCGGAACUUGCAAAGUAAAGAUGCAAAAUCUGUGAGUUACUUCUUUCCGGAUGUCUUUCCAAAUAUUUUCUGCCAUCCUCCAAAGGAGGUCCUUGAGUUGGAGGUGAAGAUUCAUGACUAUCCCAAUACACCACGGCCUGAAGACCCUCUGAUGGAUGACCAGGAGUUCAGAAGUGAGGGUUUUCAACGUCCUUACCAGUACUUGACCCGUUUCCACACAGGUCAAAGCCUGGACAACUUCAUGUAUAAGGGAGUAGAAGGAACCCCCAAAGAGUGCCUGCAGAUGAUGUUCUUCUACUGUGGCAUCAGUGAUCCAUCUUGGGCUGAGCUGAGAAACUUUGCCUGGUUCUUGAAUAUACAAUUACGGGACUGUGAGACAUCAGUUUUCUGCAAUGCCUCAUUGGUAGGAGACACCUUACAAGGCUUCAAAAAUGUUGUGGUGGACUUUAUGAUCCUCAUGGCGAAAGACUUCGCCACUCCAUCUCUCAGCAUUUCAGAUCAGAGUCCUGGAAUGUUUGGGAUGAAUAUGGAGGGGUUGAACGAAGCAGACUUAGACCCCUUCAGAAUCAGAAAAAGAUGGGAGACAGAGCCACACCCGUACAUCUUCUUCAACGAUGAUCACGUGUCCAUGACAUUUAUUGGCUUCCACCUCCAACCAAAUGCACAGACGUGGGUAGAUGCCAUUGAUCCAGCAACAAAGAGAGUGAUCAAGAACAACAUCAUGAGCAUGCAGCUGUAUGAUGGCUUGAAACGUUAUGGCGUCCCUUUCAAUGAUGACUUUGAUCGACUCCACAGGCGAGCCAAAAUAGAGCGUCUCUGCAAUGUCCUGGGAAUCCAACACUCACAUGAUCCUGAUGAAACAUUUGAGUUGACUACAGACAACAUAUUGAAAAUGUUGGCCAUUCACAUGCGUUUCCGAUGCGGGAUCCCGGUUAUCAUCAUGGGAGAGACAGGGUGUGGGAAAACCAGGCUGAUUAAGUUCUUGUGUGAGCUAAAAAGGGGUACUGUAAACACUGAAAACAUGAUGCUAGUCAAAGUUCAUGGUGGCACAAACUCAGACAUGCUCUACCGCAAAGUGCGGGAGGCUGAGGACAUUGCAAGAACGAACAACAAGCAUGGCAUGGUUUUGUUUUUUGAUGAGGCAAACACAACUGAGGCCAUCUGCAGCUCGCAAAUCAAGGAAGUCUUGUGUGAUCACACUGUUAUGGGUGAAAAGCUCAUCCCAAACACAGGCUUGCACAUUAUUGCUGCUUGCAACCCAUACCGGAAGCAUACAGAUGUGAUGAUAAAAAGACUAGAAUCUGCUGGAUUAGGGUACAGAGUCCGGGCUGAUGAGACAGAAGAGAAACUGGGUACCAUACCACUGCGCCAACUCGUGUACCGAGUACAAGCUUUGCCCCCCAGCAUGAUGCCGCUGGUCUGGGACUUUGGGCAGUUAAAUGACCAGACAGAGAGAGUGUACAUCCAGCAGAUGGUUCAGAGAGUGGUGGAGAAGGGAAACAUUACUGAUGUGAGUGUAGUGAGUGUAAUUACUGAUGUAAUGGCAUCAUCUCAGAAGUACAUGAGAUCCAGAAAGGAUGAGUGCAGCUUUGUGAGUCUCAGGGAUGUUGAGCGCUGCAUGCAGAUAUUUGUGUGGUUUUACAAUCACCACACAAUGUUCUUUGAUGAGUUAAGGAUAUCUAUGCCAAGUGAUACGGCCAAGAAGAGGGAUCCAGUGCUGUGGUCCUUAGUCAUGGCAAUUGGAGUCUGCUACCAUGCCUGCCUGGAGGACAAAGACAACUACAGGAUGAAAAUCAGUGCUCACUUCGAAGAUGUCUAUAAUAGCACAGAGAUCAGAGAUGAAAUUUCACUAAUGCAUGACCUGAUGCUCAGUAAAGUGCCACUUAGGGACACAAUUGCACGCAACAAUGCCCUGAAGGAAAACCUCUUCAUGAUGGUGAUUUGCAUUGAACUGAGGAUCCCUCUUUUCCUCGUGGGGAAACCUGGGAGCUCCAAGUCACUGUCGAAAACGCUGGUGGCAGACGCCAUGCAGGGCCAGAGAUCACACCACAGUCUUUACAGCCAGCUCAAAGAGAUCCACCUGGUAUCAUUCCAGUGCAGUCCCCACUCAUCUCCCGAUGGCAUCAUCAAGACUUUCAAACAGUGCGCCCGCUUCCAGGAGGGUAAGAAUCUCCAGGAAUACAUCUCUGUGGUGGUCCUGGAUGAGAUUGGAUUGGCUGAAGAUUCACCCAAAAUGCCUCUGAAAACCCUCCAUCCACUUCUGGAGGAUGGGUGUAUCGACGAUCAGCACUUGCCUUACAAGAAGGUUGGAUUUAUUGGCAUAUCCAAUUGGGCCUUGGAUCCAGCCAAGAUGAACAGAGGGAUCUUUGUCUCCCGUGGUGACCCUGAUGAGGUAGAGUUGAUUGAAACUGCCAAGGGGAUAUGCUCAUCUGAGCCAGUGGUUCUUGAUAAAGUGACAGACCUCUUUAAGUCUUUUGCUUCGUCUUACUUGGAAGUCUGUGAACAUCAGGGGGCAGGCUUUUUUGGUCUGCGUGACUACUACAGCUUAAUCAAGAUGGUAUUUGCCAUGGCCAAAGCCUCUGAACAGAAGCCCAGUGCAGAGAAGAUUGUAGAAGCAGUGCUGAGGAACUUCAGUGGAAGAGACAAUGUGAAUGUCAUUGAAAUAUUCACAACCAGGCUGCAAGACCUAUCAAACGUGGACAGCAUUAGUGCUAUUGAACUUGUCCGGCAAAACAUUGCCACUGUUGGAGAAGAUGAGGAAUGCCGGUAUCUCCUUGUCUUGACCAAAAACUAUGCAGCCCUGCAGAUUCUUCAGCAAAGACUCUUCGCUCAAGACCCCCAACCAGAAAUCAUAUUUGGCUCCAGCUUCCCGAAAGACCAGGAAUACACCCAGAUUUGUCGCAAUGUAAAUCGAGUAAAGAUCUGCAUGGAGACUGGCAAGACCAUCAUGCUGCUGAACUUGCAGAACCUGUAUGAAAGUCUGUACGAUGCCCUCAACCAAUACUAUGUAUACAUGGGUGGGCAGAAGUAUGUGGAUCUGGGUUUGGGCACUCAUCGAGUCAAGUGUAGGGUGCACAAAAACUUCCGGCUCAUUGUGAUCGAAGAGAAGGAGAUUGUUUAUAAAGAGUUUCCCACUCCCCUCAUCAACAGACUGGAGAAACACUACCUUGACAUCAACACUGUCCUCGGAAGUGAACAAAAGGGUAUUGUCAAGGAACUGGAUAGAUGGAUGAAGGACUUUGUUACUACAGACAGCACAGCCUCACUGACCAUCCAAGACCAGGUUCACAAAUAUCAGUCUCCUGAUGUCUUCAUCGGCUACCACUCAGAUACCUGUGCAUCUGUCAUCCUGCAAAUUACUGAGAAAUUAAGAAACAAGGGAAUUUUAGAAGAUCAGAGGGCAGUGCUCCAGGAGGCCAAGCUGGUCUUGCUAAACUGUGCCACCCCAGAUGCCAUUGUUCGGCUCGGCUACGCACAACUGCCCCAUCCGGAGAGUCAGCACCUGGAGAUGGUGUAUUUUGAGGAACAGAAGCACAGCUGUUUGAUUGACUUCCUCUUCUCCCACAUCCAGCAGACUGACCGAAUGCCUGUCUCCUUCACUGAGGUGACCACGUUUUCCAGACUUUUGACAAGAUCAGACCUUUGCCACCUUAAAGAGGUCAUGGGAUACAUUGAGCUCCUCUCUCUGCAGCAGUUUGACACAGAGUACUCCUUCUUAAGGAAAAUCAGGAAUUUUUUGGAUACUGCUCCUGGGCAAAAAAUUAUCCUCAUUCAGACGGAUUUCGAUGAGACCACUCACAGUUCCAACCUUAUUGCCUCAGCCAAGUAUUCAGCAGCGAAUGAAAUCAAUAAAACGAAGCUGGACCAAGAGGGAACCGUCUUUGUUUACUUCAUUACCAAACUGACCAGGAUUGAAGGGGGAACUUCUUAUGUCGGAUUUCAUGGAGGGGCAUGGGCAUCAGUUCACAUAGAUGAUCUGCAUAAGUCCAAAGAUAUGAUGCUUGACAUCAAGACCCUGAGGAAUAUCACCAUCAGCAAGCUGUUUGAUGAGAGGGAGCAGGAGAGAGAGGACCGGGCUGAAGCUAUGGAGGUGGAGAACAUGUACUCUGAAACUGACCAGGAACCCAUGGAACAGGAACAGGGAGAAGCCUUUUUGGACACCACAGCACUGCUACGUAGCUGUGUGCAGAGUGCAGUGGGCAUGCUCAGAGAUGAGGCAGAGAAUGUACCCCGCAGCACCAGGAGGGUGGAGGUUCUGCUUAAGCUCCUGAGCACCCAGGAAGAGCUGUAUGGCAUGUUUCUGCGGAGCCUGAAGAGGCGUCUGCACCUGCUUCUGGUGGCACGUGAAGAAGGCCAGGUGCUCUUGACUGCUUACUCCUGGGUCUUCAAAGAGGCAGUCAACAUUGACGCCCUGCAUGAGGGAGGCACUUUCAGACACACUCUGUGGAAGCGGUUGCAGGCUGUAGUGACUUCCUGUUUGGCCCAACUGCUGUCAGUGCUGGACCGUGACUGCAACCUGGAUCUCCUGCUGGACCCUCAGCUGCCUGAACCCCUCAAGGCCCUCUGGAUACACAUACUGCAAAACGACAAGCUGCUAGAGGUGUUCUACACCAGACUGGACAGCUCGUUCGAGGAGAAGACCAUCCUGGUGCCGAGCUCCAUGGGGGCUGGUAGGGCUCUGGCCUGCAGCCUGCCCUUCAGCUGGAGGAUCAGGGACUACCUGGAGGAACUCUGGGUCAACACCGUACAAAUAGAGGGUCACAGUCAUAAACAGUUGGAGAAUAUCUAUUUUGGGACUCCUCUGGGCAGGGAGGUCAAACAAUCAGAUGCUGGUGUACAGGAGAUGAUUCUGCAGCGCUAUCUCCUGGAUUUUGUUGUCAUGACAAUGAAGGUGACAUCGGAGGAGGAGUUAAAUCUGCUAUGUACUGCUCUGCUGUGCUGUGUGAAUGAGCUGUAUGACAAUGUGCGUGAGGAGGGGGAGACGGAGCAAGCUGUGGCUCUGUCCUGGGUCCACUCUGCCUACCACCACUUCUGCACACGCCUGCAAAACCUCUCCAGGAUGCUCUCCAUAGAACCACACAUCACACGCUACCUGCUCGACAAUACACAAAUAAGACAAGGACAGGAGCUGGUGCUGGACGUGUAUGCAGCUCUAGCAUGUGUGGAGUCACUGGAUUCACCUCUGGAAGACAAGGAGCAGUGUUGUGAUUGGCUGAGGAGGGUGAAGCAGCUGCAGGUGCCAGUAGAGUUGGUGUGUGCUGAGAAGAGCAUCAGGGGCUACGGGGAGAAGAGCAAAGCCAUUAUCCCUGUAGUACAGCAUGGCUAGAGUCGUCUCGUGUCUCUGUCUCUGUUUGUGGAGCACAUGCUGUACAUCCAACCUGUGGACCCCGAAUUCAUCCCUCUACUGGUGGACUGCGUCAAAAAACUUGGAGAGGUGUUGAGAGGGAACUCUGACCUGAAGCUGCAGCAGCCAUUUGAGGAAGUCCUGAUUAUCCUGAAAGAGUGUAAGGAUAAAGCUGUAGAGUGCAUAUUCAGGUUUGGGACGCAGCUGUGCCCGGUGUGCAUGGAUGACCCUGUUGAGCCUGUGGCGCUGCCCUGUGAUCACAUGUUCUGCCUGGUCUGCGCAAAACAGUCCGUGGGGACUGGAACUAUGUACUGCCCCGUUUGCAAGGAGCCUGUGCCUGAUGACUACCAAAUGCAGCCCUCAGAGGAGAAACAGGCUCUGAUCACUCGUUAUGGCCACUUCAGGCAGCGCUGCAAUGCCUUCUUCAUUGCUCUGGUGUCCAGUGGGUGUUUCCGCCAUGACACCCCGCCCAGCCGAGAGGUCAUUUGCCACCUCCUCUCAUUCCUCAUGGUGGACACAGGGACACUAACUACCAUCACAAGUAAUAAGAGUGGAAUGCGGACAAAGGCUCUGUCUCCCUUUGAUGACAAGGUGGACAAGACCCCAGUAGUGCGCUCAGUGAUACUCAAACUUCUCCUCAAAUACAGUUUUGAAGAUGUGAAGGAGCACCUGCAGCAGCACCUGAUGGAUGUUGAGAGCAGUAAGCUCCUGGAAGAGUCUGACAAAUCCGAGCUUUACUCACUCUACAUCAACUGCUUUGAGGACUCCAUGUUUGUCCGUCUGCUCUGGUAUUCAGAGCGAGAGAAGAGUUUGCAUUUUCAGGAGGAGGGUUCUUUCCUGCGUGACUUCCUGCAUGCAGGGCCAGCAGACACUGUGAGUGUUGAGAUACUGCAACAGCUUGCUCGUGUACGCCUCGCGCUGGACACCGCAGGAGAACUCAUCGCUAGUGCAUACACACCUACUGGUAAUCCAAAAGGAGGUCAUCAGUUAACUAAUUCCUUCUUGGCUGAGGUGAAGAAACUGUGUGAGAAGAGCAAGAAUGACUGGUAUCGCGUCUACCUGAUACGCAAGAUACGCAGCCAGCAGGGGGAAGAGUUUGUGAAAAUGCUCCUGACAGAAACAGAAAAGCAGUGGAUGUUUCCAGAGGAUUUACGACAGCAGACCCAGGAUGGUGGCCAGAUGGACCAGUUCCUGGUGUGUGAGGGAGACUAUAAGAGCAUCAGAGACGCUGUUGCUAAGGCCAUGAUGGAGGACAAGAUCGAGAUGAUACAGCAGGCCUGUGAUGCCUGUAACAGUCCUCCCCUGAAAAGGAGUGUGUAUCUGCUGCUGGCUCUCUUCAGAGAAGUAACCUGCCUCUACAGGAGACGUGACACAAGCCAGCACCCGUCUCAACAGGAGGUCCAAGCUCUGGAGGCCUAUAUCACCCACUGUGGAGUCCUCACCACUCCAAAGCAGAAGGCAUUUGCUGUGGAGCUUGUAAGGAACGACCUGAAAGUGCUCAAGGUUUUACCGGAGUCUUCUGGAGCCCAGCACAACAUCACAGAGCUGUGCGUGCACCUGUCUGCAGUUCUGUUGUGCAGUCAGGCGAAGGCCCUAUCACCACUACAAGAGCUCGCACUGCAGCCUGCUAACAUGCAGGCAGCCUACCUUCCCACUAUGCCUGAUGACAUGCUGUAUGUAGCCUUGCAGGCCAUGAAUCUGAAACCGGAUUCGGGAAUCUGGGGGGCUCUGAAGUGGUACAUCUGCCCCAAUGGUCACCCAUGCUGUGUAGACAGAUGUGGUAAGCCCAUGCAGAAAAGCCGCUGUCCAGACUGCAAUGCUGAGAUUGGAGGCCAGAACCAUAAAGCAGUCUCAGGCUUCACUGCCACUAAGACACAGGCUGACCGUACAAGAAAAGGUCAUAUCCUGGGUGACCCGGGACGUAGGGAUCAGCCCGAUAUGUUGGACACCAAGGGUAUGAGCCAUGUACCUUUCUCUCUGGUCCGCCUACUCACACACGCCGCCAUGAUGCUAGGGGCAGCCAAAAAUGCAGAGGCCCUGGCAGCUCUGAUCUCCCCUGCGGUGCCUGACUGUGGCGUUUUUGUGAGGGAUCACCUGCAUAUGGACCUACAGCAGCUGACCAGAGCACUGGGGAAAGGAGCAGACGACACCACUGCUACUGUACACAUCAUCAUACACUCUCUACUGGAAACACCAGAUGCUCUCUGGUCCAUAAAUGAUGACGCUCAGCUGUCCACCAAAGAGGCACGUAACAAGUGGGAGACGGGUGUAGCCAGCAAUAUCAUCAGCCCACAGCUCAAGACCCUGGACAGGCGUCUUCAGAGGAUGGAGACGCUCCUAAGUGAUGAUAAGAGCUGUAGCCCAGUGAUGCGCUGGAUGUUAGUGGGCGCUCUCCAACAGGACAGCCUCCCUCACCAGCCAGCAGUAUGGAGUGUCAGGGAGCGGUUCUCGCUCAACACCCUCACACACAUCCUGGAGCAACAGGAUGGACGCGACACACUGCCACUACUCUGGAAGUUCCUACAGAGGGAGCCAGAGCUGCGGUUGGUGAGGUACCUGCCCGACAUCCUAAUGCUGCAGCGAGAUCUUGUCAAGAAGAUCCAGACCUCUUCAGAUCUCACCAUGGAAACAAUCAGACAGUUCCUGCAGGGGCAGGCAACAAGUGAGUGAUACCCUGAAUGGUACGAGAGGGGCAUAGAUAUCUUCCUGAUGACAUGGAACCAGCUUCGCCAGUCUCUAGCAAACAACGGUGAAAUCAAGUUGCCGCCUGAGUACUGUGAGCGAGACCUGGACAUGGAUAGCAAACUAGAGGUGCUGGUGCCUCGUAGGCAGGGACUGGGACUAUGCUCCACAGCACUGGUCAGCUAUCUGAUUCGACUACACAACGACAUGGUGUAUGCCAUGGACAAGCACACGGGAGAGGACACCAGGUACACUGUGAGCCUGGCGGACCUGUGUGAGCUGCAUGUGAUCCACUACGAUGUGGAGAGAGACAUACUGCCCCUGGUGCUGUCUCACUGCCAAUACAGUGUGGAGCGCGGAGGGAAGGGAGCUCUGGCUGAGUAUGACCUGCCCAAGAUACAGCAGCAGCUGCUCACUGGCUUCCUGCAGGGCAAACCCCGCAUCACACUUCAGGAAAUACCAACGCUCGUCGGCAGACAUGAUAAGAACUAUGAGAACAUUUUCAUGGAUGUCAGAGCAAAAGUUAAGCAGGAGUCGUUACCCUCCCUGACGCUGUCCUCAGUGAGGGGGGAUCUGGGGGACUUCAGCGAGGUGUGUGAGGCCCUGAAGACUGUAGAACUCUCGCUCGGUUUCCUAGCAACCACCCCUGCUGAUCCACACAUGCAACUGGGCAAGUACCUACAGGACGUACUGAAGAUGGGAGACCACCUGCCUGAACACAUACUCAAGGCCCUGAGCAGGUGCAGUCUGAAGCAUGCUGUGGCUCUAUGGCAGCUCCUCUCCUCACUCAAGUCAGAGGGCAUGCUACACCUCAAGAGGGACCCAUUUGUGGGUGUGUCUGACAAGUACAAGCAGUCUUUGGGCGAGGAGGAACGCAGGCAAUUGAUUGGCUUCAUGGCUAAGGGAGGGGCCAGAGCCUUUAUACUGGAGAUGCACGAAUUUCUGCAGCUGAAAUUGAAGGGCCUCAGAGAUGAAGACAUCUUCAGGCCAGACUGGGGGCUGAGGGAUGACACCUUGUUGCCAUACAUCGAGGAGAAGGGCAUGGACCCUUCCCCUGACGUAGAGCAGUUCUUCCCAGAGUCCAUCCUGCUGUCCCAGAUUGUGGAAGCCUGGAAGGUUUGUGUGUAGUACCAACAGGAUCGCAACUACACCCGUACAGAAACAUUCCACCAAAGCUGCCUUCAAUUAGUGUGA